CUCUAUCUGACAGCUCGUGAUCUCUGAUUUCUGACUGGGUUGACAAUGUUCUGGUUUUCACGAGCUGCGACCUCCACACCUUCCAUCUCCCUGACAUCACCUACUUCACUUGGUGGCUUUUCAUGUGAGACGAUGCGAACAAAUGAUUGCUGAGUCGAAGGCCAAACGUUUCGUCAAGCAUAUUGCUCCCAAAUUCGAUGAUUCUCUUCCUUUCUUUUUGGAACCAAGCAAACUUUCCUUGUGGGUGAGCGCCCUGUUCCUGGCAUCACAAAACCAAAACCAAAAAACAGUCAACGCAGGAAACCAUCGAACCCAUGAGUACCUUAUCAGAGAGCCGCGACAAGUAUUCCGAACAAGAUGAGGAGGAUAGAGACGAGCACUUGCAAUCUUUAGUAGUUGAGCAAGGAGAGGCAGCGGGGCACAACAGAAGUGCACUAGAGCUCUUCCUAACACAGCUGAUGGCAGAAGGUGGAGCAACUGCUUCCGCCAGAUCGUCUACAUCCAUUGCAUCUUCCCCUCUACCAGCAACUUCCUUUAGUAUCAUUGACGACAGGGCAAAGGCGCUGAACAGGUCGUAUUCUCUGAGUUUUCGACGUGCCAAAAGAAGUAUGAUGAGUCAACGAAGACGCGCCCGUGCCAUUGAUGUGAAGCGGAUAUCGAGAUGGGAAUCAUAUCCACAUUCUCACAAGAAGUCGGGCAGUGGGGGCUUUUGCUCGCUCGAAACCAAGCCCCAGCGAAGACUUUCACCAUCACCCUCCUCAAGCGCGAGCUAUGAAAGCCGCUAUCAAGCAAGGCAAGCCAUUCACAGGGCACUGGCCAUUUCCGAAGACAUCAAGCCAGAAUCAAAAAGUGACCUUGCCAAGGACGCACCAAGUGUUGACUUCACUCCAUGCUCUACCUGGCUGGAGGUAAUCGCCAAGCAUGCUUCCUAUUCCCCCAAGCCCAUGCACAAGUCCAUGAAGAAGAAGAUCAGGUCAACGGCCGUUCCAAGCGCUAACGGUGAAGGCAGUAUCCGUGCUCCGGCUCAUAUUCCUCGUAAAGGUUCAUGUGAUACCAUCUCUUUGACCGCUUCUCUGAGGACCAAGCGAGCUGCUGCUUUGUCAGGCGCCCCUCGAAGACCCCGGAGACAGGCCAGCAUGACCGAUUUGACCAUGGAACUCUUGUCGCUGGAGCACGAGACCAACCAUGAAGAUCAUGAUGCUGGAGAGCAGAACAAGAUGCCUGCAGAGAGCUCUCAAGCCCACAGUCAGCGCCAUCGCCAUCACCACAGCUCGCACCAUCAAGCCACGAGCGAAGAAGGACGAUGGGCCAGCUCUGAUCAGACGCCGCACGGUUUGGCGGGAGCGGCUCUGGCACAGCCCAUGAAACAGUUCAGUGAUGACGAUGCUUCCGAGGGCAGCUUCCAAGACGCCUCGUCCGCAGAGUGGAAGCAAAUUGGAGCUCGUUCUGCGUAAGCGCUGGACUGAUAGCUACAACUAGCUAGAAGGCAACGGGGAAUACACUGCCUCCUGCGUAGAAACUGCAAUCAUACGAUAAUGAUAUAUCUAAUUGCUCUCAACCGUCUAAGAUCUACUAGAAACAGGACGAACUACCAU